CAAUUAAUAGUGCAUUAAAAUUGGUCAGUUUUGAUUCAUGUUGACUGGAUAUUUUAACAAAAUUUUUAACUGUUUUAAAUUUCAAAGAUGACAACUGGAUGCCAUUUGCUGAAACAUGCAAUAUGAUAAGGUCAUGUGACAACAUUAUAGCAUACUACUAUUAUAAGCGACCAGGUGAUGGCAGUGAGGGAUCACAAAUAGAGAAAAGCAAACAAAAAUAUCAUUUUUUAUCUUGAUUUACAACAUAUUAUGCUCAUGUAAAUUCACUUACACAAUAUCCUUUCAUCAUUCAUCAUGCAAAUGCUUUUAUAUAAAGAUUUACAGUAGCAACACUUCAUUUGCAUUCAUUUGAAUAUUUGAACACACUUGCCAUUUAUGUGAAUAACUCCUCAUCCUUUUACAAUAUAAAUGUAAUUUCUUUCAGGGUUUAAAAUCACGGGUUUGUAGUCCAACUCUUGAAAUACUGUAAAUGUUAAGCAGUUUCCACUAAGAAAUUCCAAGUGGAAUUUGUUGUUGUUGUUGUUGUUUGUUGCACCACAACUUAAUAUGUAUCAAUAUCGGUUAUGCAUUUGCUUUAAAGUGUGAUAUUUUCUGUUUCUGUGAGUUUCUGUUUGUGUGUGUUUGUGAGUCCACAUCUGUUGGCCCUACUCUGAUAUGUACUAUAAAGGGGAAUUUUCCUUUGUCUAAUGUAGAAACUGAUCAGUGUAUCGAGUUUAAACAAUACUAGUUAUUUUAAAUAUGUAUAGCGUCAUUGAUACUUUGUUUAAAUCAUGAUCUACAUCAUUAUAGAUACUUUACAAAUCAUUAAAGAUUUGAUGAUAAUGUUCCACAUCUGUUAGAAGCUGAAGUUAAACAAGGAAAUGAGCAAUGACAUGUUAGCUCAGAGAGCCAAUGCAAUGAUGUGAUGAUGCUUCCACUCAAAGCAGAGGAAAGGUUUCAGAGAAUCUAAGGUUGAGCACUGAAGGUCAUCUGAAAAUGUAUGUCAUUCUGUUCAUUGUAUGUGUUCUCUUUUAUAAACCCUGUAAGUACAAAAAAGUUUUUCUUAAACCUUCUUUACUUUUAAUUAUGUUGCUUAUUUUUCAACAAAUGUCUUCACAUUAUUUACAGCAAUGCAAUAUUCUAAAAGUAUUCUGCAGACGGAAGAUGUAGCAGCUCAAGUAGGCGAUGAUGUGACAUUUUACUGCUUUCACCCAAAAGACCAACUGAAUAGAGUCAUGUGGUUAAAACAGACUCUGGGAGAGAGACCUGUUCUUGUAGCCUCUUCAUAUCACUGGACUCAAAAAAGUGUACUUUAUGAUGAUUUUAAAAAGUCCAAACGCUUUAGAGUAGGUACAUUGAGUGGCAGCUUUAAUUUGACUAUUCAAAAAACUGCAGAAUCCGAUUCAGCUACAUACUACUGUGCUGUUUCUUUUUCUAAUGUUGUCUACUUUGGAGCAGGAACUCAUCUAGUGCUUAGAGGUUCUAAAUCCAACAGGAUUCAUAUUCUACAGCAGCCUCACCCUGAAAUAACAUCGUCCGGUGGAAAUGUAACUCUACUAUGUACAAUCCAAAAUGAACAAGAGAGUUGUGGAGGUGAUCACAAAGUCUACUGGUUCAAACACGGUUUAGAAAAAUCCCAUUCAGGAAUCAUUUACACUCAAGGAAGUUGUAAAAACAGCUCAGUGGCUGUUUCUCCUACCAAGAGCUGUGUCUACAGUCUCUCUUUGAGAAACAUCAAGCCCUCUGAUGAUGGGACUUACUACUGUGCUGUGGUCACGUGUAAGGAAAUUUUAUUUGGAAAUGGAAUUAAUCUGGCUUCUUAUGAUGAAGGUAAAGGCCAACAAAUAAAUAUCUACAUACUAAUUGGCCUUGCAGCACUGCUGACCGUAAGCUUCAUCAGUAAUAUUCUACUUUGUGUGAAAAAGAUGAAAGGAAACACAUCGCAACAUGUUCAUGCUACAGAUAAUAUAGUGUCAAGUGUACAGUACCACAGGACCUCCGAUUUGAAUUAUGCUGCCUUAAAAUUCACAAGGCGAAACUCAAGACAGCAGCGAGAGGAGAGUCAAAGGCCGACGGAGUACUCUGGACUGAAAUAUAAAAACUCUGUAUUGUAAUACUGAAUGUGUAUAAUUGCUAAUAUUGUUUGCUAAACAGAGACACUUUAAAUACCAUAUGAUAAAUCAUAAUUGAGAUUAUGUUAUGUUCUGAUUAAAUAUUAAACGUAAAUGUUUACAGUUAGUCUCUUUAUUCUGUAAAAAUAACCACAGACAACUAGCUCAUGCUUACUGUGUUCUCUAAUGUUCAUGUUCUUCUGCAUGUGAAUAAAG